AUGUCGAGUUGCUUUCUGUUUGACGUCUAUGUUGCCCCUGGUACCCCUCAGAGAAUUACCUUCAACGAACACAUUAUUCUUUUUGCCCCAUCUACCUCUAAGAAUACGGCACAAACGAAGAUUGAGGAAGCAUGCGUGAUGUCUUCACCAUCAGCAGCAUCAGGUCAUGUUCUUAUAUUCUCCUUGUCCUUACUCAUCAAAAUACGGAUAAGACCCGUCCCCUUACUUCAAGGCUCGACCAAGCAGAAUAUGAAUACGACCAGAACUAAGACCAAGACCGAGACCGAGACCUUCAACGGGAGACUCAAAUCAGAAUCAUAG